AGUCUCUGCCUGUCAGACUGUGAUCUCCUUGGACCGGCUCAUUCUGUGACAAGACCAAGGGAAAGACAUUUCGCCGGGACUUUGCCUGUCUUUUCCUCUGACUAAUGGAUUUGGAAAUGUACAUGAAGGAAUUGAUCUAAUGAGAUGAAGGGGAUUGCUGGAUAAAUCCAAACAUGGCAGCUGUAUAUGCAUUUAUUUUGUUUCAGAUUGUCUUCAGUUUUUUACACCAGGGUUUGGGUUUGAUUUCAGACUACAAACUAUGUGGAGACCCCGAAUGUGAACGCAUGAUAAGUCGGGUGCAGGCACAGAGAGAUCAUAGUGCUAAAGAUUGCCGCUUUCUUAACUUCAAAAAAGGGGAUAUGAUCACGGUUUACUACAAACUUACUGGAAAAAGAAAUGAUCUCUGGGCAGGAAGUAUAGAAAAGCUGUCUGGAUUGUUCCCAAAAGAUGCCAUCAAAGUUGAUCAACUGUUUAUUGAUGAAAAAAAGGAAAUCCAGGUGCCGACCCAGGAAUAUGACUUCAUCUGCUUUGAUGAUAAGGGGUUAGUGAUUGAGCCCAGCAGUGAAUUUGAUGAUCUGGAAGAUUUGUCACAAGAAACCAAUCUCAAUGAAGUCCAAGAUAAACCUAAGGAAACAGAAGAGAGUGAACCCAGCCAGAUUUCUGUUCAAGAUGUUUCUGAUCAAAACAGCCCCAAGACGACAGAAAAAGGUGGGUCUUCCUGGAUAGGCUCUGCUGUUAGUGGAUGGUUUGGCAGGAAUGAACAAAGCAAUGAUGAACCACAGGAUGAGAUCAGUGAAGUAUCCUUCAAAAGCAGAAAAAUUGAGAUGGAUAUUGAGGAGAAUCAUGUGGAGGAGAAGACAAAUUCUGGAACGUUUGGGUGGAUCAGCGGUGAAUUAACCAAUGCUUUUGGGUUGGGAAACAAGGAUCUAAAAACUGAUGCUCAGGACAAUAUUGAGAACCCAACAAAUGAUGAAGAUACCUCAUCUCAGCAGUCUAGCUCCUUGGAAAGUAUGGGUAGAGAUGUCUUGGACCUUAGUGAAGACCAUUCUGAAGCUGCGACUAAACAUGAAGCUGAGAAAACAGAUGAAAACUUAAACAACCAGGACGAGAGUAUUCUUAACCUGAGUCAGAACAUGGGUGUUGAUGACAACAUACAGAGAGAUGAAAACAACCUUGACAGCAGUGUGGAAAAUAAGGAUGGUCCUUUGGAGGACAGGAAAACAGAAAAUGGAAAAGAAGAGGAGCAGGCAGGAUGGUAUGGAAAUAUGUACAACAGAAUCACAAACCUUUACAAAGAAGAGCAAACUAAAGAUGAUGAAGAUGAUGGAGGCAAUGACAAACUAGAAAGCCCUGGAUCUGCUACAAAUACUGAGACCACUGAAACCAAAGAUUCUGAAUCAAGUUCACAGUCCGUAUUUUCAGUCAACAGCCUGACAUCAAUGCUUAAGCUUCCUUUUCAAGCAGACUCAGUAGUAAAGAGAGAUGAGGAAAUGAGAGAAAAGGAAGAACAUCCAGGUUUGGAAGACUUUGAUGAAGAACAAAAAAAUAAUGAGGAUCAAGAAGAAGAAAUGUUGACUGAUAUUGAUGAACAGGACUCAAACCCAACAGACACUGAUGUACUUAGUGUUGCAACUGAUAACCUGGAACAACUAGAUGUAGGAUCUAAUAUGACAGAUGACAGCAUAGAUUCACAAAUCCUUGAAACCAAGUCAGCAGAUCAUUUAAAUGAAGAAGUUAAACAUGAAAACAAUGUUGAUUUUUUCGAGGGAAAGUUGGAGCAAAAUACAAGAGAUGUGAAAAGUGAUGAGGAACAGACAGGAAAGGAAGAAGAUCCAGGGAUCAGCAAAGAUGACUGUGUUCAUGAAGCAUGUCUAGAUGUGAAUAAGAAUACACAAAUCUCCACAAUAGAGGCUGAAAAUAAUCAAGUUACCGAAGACAGAGCUGAUAUAAAUGACUUGGGCAAUCCUCAGAAUGAGCCAGUCUCUGAGGAAAAGGACCUUUCAGCAAACAGAGCUAAUGUGGAGGAUGUUCAGACUGAUGAGCAGGAUAUACAAAAGCAUGAGGAUUGGACAUCUUCUGAAACCAAGAAAAGUACUUUCCAAAACCAUGGUCUUAUCUCUGAGGAGCAUGUUGAAUCACAGAAAGGUGAAGGGCAAUUUCAUCAGAUGGCAGUUUUUGUUGAAGUCACAAUUAAUGAAAUUGCAUCUAUAGUGAACAAGGUUGUGUCUUCACUUCCUGAUGAUAUCCGGCCUGGCCCUGACUUAUAUGGACUGCCAUGGGAAGCUGUGGUUUUCACUGGAUUUUUAGGUUUAUUCACACUGCUUCUGUUCAGCUGCAGGUUCAUUCAUUCUAUCAGAAGUCGACUAUAUGCAAGUAAAGAAAAGCAAAUGGCGCUGAAAGUGGCUGAACUGCUUGAUGAAAAAUGCAAAGUGCUAGAGACAUUCAGUGAGGUUAAACGGAAGUUUGACAAACUAGAGUCCACACUGCAGAACAAUGGCAUGUCUGCACAAGCUGCAGAAAAAGACAAUUUAGAGGUGGCAUCACAGAAGCUCGAACAAUCAAAUGCACAGAUGAAAAAUGAAAUCGAGAGGCUGCAAGAAGAGCUAUCCCAACAAAACAAAGCAAGAAAACAGCAAGAGGAUCAGCUUGCUGAACUCGAGCAGAUUUUAAGAAAUUUAGAAGAGGAAGCUAAAGAACGAAAGUCCCAGUUAGAACAGGACAACACAACGCUGAAGAUCCAUGAGAUCAACACCGAGCGACUGCAGAAGAACCUGCAGGCGGCCAAAGAAGAGCACGCAAUACUGCUCGAGAGUAAAGCACAGCUGGUGCAGGAGGCAGAGGACUGGGGUGAACGUCUCGGUGAGCUGGAGGAGGAGAUGAAAAUGUGUGAAAGAUCACAUACUAGCAUGCUGGAGGACUGCGCUAAUAAAGAUGAUCGCAUCAAGUCACUGACGGAGCACCUUUUGAAGAUGCGAGAUUGGGAUUCUGAGGACGAGAGCUGCGUUGACGGUAGCACUAAUACAGCUGGAGCUGAGAAUGGAGACAGUUCAGAUUUCCAUCAGAAGCAAAAAGUACAGAAACUUAUUGAAGCGGCCAAGAUGAGUGCAGACUUGAAGUCCAUGGAGGAGGACAAGAACAGAGUAUUCGCUACACUCGCAGAUGAAAUUAAAGCCAAAGAAGAUCUCCAAGAGGGGAUCAAACAGCUUGAGGAGCAGAAGGAAGUGUUGGAAUCAGAAAGUGCCAACUAUGCUAGUGAAAGCCAGAAACUCCAGCAGAAACUCCAGAUCAUGACUGAGAUGUACCAGGAGAAUGAACUCAAACUACACAGGAUGUUGACAGUGGAGGAGAAGGAGCGCUUGCAGAAGGAGGAGAAGCUCAACAAGGCAGGCAAGAAGAUCAGUCUUGCUGCAGAGGAGCUCAACACUUAUAGACAACGAGCCAAAGACCUCGAGGAAGAACUGGAGAGGACUUCACAGGCCUACAAGAAUCAGUUUGCUUCUCAUGAGAAAAAGGCUCAUGAUAACUGGCUAGCCGCAAGGGCAGCAGAUCGAGACCUGGCUGAUGUCAAGAGAGAAAACGCUCAUCUCCGCCAGAGGCUGACUGAUGCCCAAUUCAAGUUUGAGAUACUUGAAAAGGAUUUACGAGAGGGCAGACCUUUAUUUAGAGGUGAAAGAUCUCCAUUUGGACCCUCUCCUCUUAGCCGACCAUCCUCAGAAACACGGGCCUUCCUGUCCCCUCCGACACUAAUGGAUGGACCCCUUCGACUCUCACCUCAGUUUAUGGGUCCAGGAAGAGCAUCCCGUGGCGUGGUAGAGCCCCCUAGUGGUGGGCCAGACUUUGAGCGGAGUGGCCCUCACUCUGAUAGUGGCUCACUGUCUCCCUCCUGGGACAGGGAACGCAGGGGCCCUCCCCCACCUCCAGGGCACCCUCUCCCAGACCCGGGUAUGCCCUUUAGGAGGCCUCCUCCAGGUCUGUAUCAUAUGGGUCCGCUGCCUCCUAGACCUCCACUUCCUCCUGAGACAUACUUUGGUGAUAAAUCAGAUUCAUCAUUUCUAAGAAACAGUUCAUCCUUUAGUGAGAAUGAGAACAGAGACGGUCCUCACUCGAUGCCUGGUGACAUGAGAUUGCCCCCUGAUCCAGAUUUAAGAAUGGGACCUCCCCCUGGCCCCCCAUUAAUGGGAAUGCCCCCACUGAUGGACCCUAGGGGCCCACACUUCCCACCCAGGGGCCCUUAUGGACCUCCGGAGUUCUUUCCCCCUCGUGGACCUGGUGGUCCCCCUAUGGGCAUGCGAGGGCCAUUUCCCCCGGGAAUGUUUCCCAGAGCUCCAAUGCCGCUCCCUCAACAUAUGGGUUAUCUGCCACCAAGACCUCCGUCUGACAGCUUCUCCCCCAGACCGCCACCCAGACCCUCCCCACCGGGCAGCGAGCAGCCCCCCGACCAGUCGCCCUCUCAUCAUGAUGUCAUCUGA